UAUUCGUACGUUCGUUUUAACAAAAACAAAGAAAAAGAAAGAAACAGUAGAAUUAUUGAUCAGAAACAGAGAGAGCAAGGAGGAAAGGGUUUGUUCCAUCCUCUCACCAAUGGGGUCUCAUCUUUCGAAACAGCUGGAGCGGCGAAAAGCCAUCUCCACGGAGAAGAAAGCCCUCACAGAUCUCGAGAAUUCGUGCGGGUGCGAGUUCCCUGGGUGUGAUUACAUGCCCUCCGAUCGUAAAAACUGGAUGGCCGGCGUUGGCCCUGAGAAGCUUCACAUCAACAAGAUCGUCUGGCCAGGCACGCACGACUCCGCCACCAACAAAAUCGGGAUCCGGUUCGUGUCUCGCCCCUUCGCGCAGUGCCAGUCCCUCUCCAUCUACAACCAGCUCGUGGCGGGUACUCGAGUCCUCGACAUUCGUGUCCAAGAAGACCGCCGUGUCUGCCACGGCAUCCUCAAGACCUACAGCGUCGACCUUGUCUUAGCCGAUCUCAAACGCUUCCUUUCUGAGACUGAGUACGAGAUUGUGAUCCUUGAGAUCAGAACAGAGUUUGGACACGAAGACCCUCCCGAGUUCGAUAAGUAUCUCGUUGAACAGCUGGGAGAGCACCUCAUUCACCAGGACGAUCACGUCUUCGACAAGACAGUCGCUGAGUUGCUCCCUAAGAGAGUGAUCUGCGUUUGGAAACCGAGGAAAUCGCCUCAGCCUAAGCACGGCGAUCCCCUUUGGAGCGCCGGCUACCUGAAAGACAACUGGAUCGACACGGACCUCCCUUCCACCAAAUUCGAGAGCAACGUAAAGCAUCUCAGCCAGCAGCAACCGGCUGCUUCCAGGAAGUUCUUCUACCGGGUGGAGAACACUGUGACGCCGCAGCCUGAUAACCCGAUCAUGUGUGUGAAGCCUGUGACAAAGCGUAUACAUUGCUACGCAAAGGUAUUCAUCAUCGAGUGUGUCAAGAGGGGAUGUGCUGACAAACUGCAGAUAUUCUCCACGGACUUCAUAGAUAAAGAGUUCGUAGAUGCUUGCGUUGGGCUCACCUUUGCAAGAGCUGAGGGUAAGGCCUGAGCCUGAGGAAACUACAGAGAGAGAAUCAUGGCUGUGUACUUAUAUAGUGUAUGAAAACAUGUUAGUGAGUGUGUUUGUGUGUGAUUUAAGAGCUAAAGCGUGUACAUUCAUAUUCGUUACAAAAAUAUUUUUGGAACAUGAUACUGGAACUGCCCAGAGAUUUAGUCCCAUUGUCUUUAUUUAGGUUAAGUAAAAAGUUUUGAGAUUCA